UUCGGGGAAUCCUGAAUAUACCGUUACUUAUCACUGGCUCUUAAAGCCUUCAUUGGCGAAUGGAAUUUCUUUGUGAUCAACGUCGUAAUCAGUCUUGAGAGCUUUGAACACAACGAGUGACUCGUGCUGUCUGUAGCCGUUCAUCCGAUCAGACGUGAUUGACUAGUGAAGUGGGACAUAAGAUGACGUCUACGAAGAAGACCAGUAACAAAGUAAAGAUAUAUCUGAAGAUCAUCCACAUUGUCUUGGACGCCCUUUUGAUUCUUAUCGCAGUUUUGGCAUUUCUCACGACAAUUAGGGUAAAAAUACUAUUUUUCGUCCACGAAGAAUAUUUGGAUUAUUACUUGGACAAGCCGGUCAUUGUUCUAUGCUUUGGAUUCGUUUCUCUUGUUCUCAUUGGGUGGCUGGGUGUGAUUUCGGUAUCACAAAACUACCUUAAUGGUAUCAUCACGUUCAGCGUUCUGCUCUUUGGAGAGUUUCUCCUCGUCAUUACACUGGCAGGAGUCGGAGCAACUACAAUAAAUUUUGCAGCAGCAGCAACGUACAAAGCAUUGGAAGAGCAUAUGAGCAAUUAUACCUAUAACGCUGCGUCUGUAAAUUUACUUCAAUCCGACUUAUCGUGUUGUGGCAUCAAUGGCUCCGAUGACUGGAUUACACUUUUGGGAAGCAUACCUGGUUCAUGCUGUAAUUCCAAUAGCACUUGCGAAGCUACGCAUGUGAAUUUCCCUGGAUGUUAUACAACUUUGACAAGUCUUAUGAACAACUUUAUUUGGUUGCUGUUUACAGUGUUAAUAGUAUUAGGUAUAAUCAAGAUAACCAUAAUGGCGUUAUCGUACAUCUUAAUCCGUAAACUUCAAAAUUCCGAUAAGGACGCGACAACGGACUUGACUAAUAACAGAACGGAAAUUCCAAGAGUUCAGAAUCCUCUCGCGCGGAUACAUAAACCGGAAGAGGAACCAAAGGAAAAUGCGAAGAACAAUUCGAUCGCUAGAAAUGACCAAUCUCCACGUAAUACUUAUGUACGUCAUUCUACCCAAAGGCCGAUAAUGCUAAAUUAUAGAAGUCGCCAUGAGAAUUACCUUAAUGCACCUGCCCAGUUGCGUUUUGACAGAAGAUAUAUCUUACAGCACAGUAAAGCCUUGGAGCAUCCAAGAAAAAUAUACGUAUGAGAAAGGUAACGAAAUCUUAGGCUUGUACGUAUAAAUAAAUAAGUGAAGAUCUGGAUAGGUUACAUGCUAGCUAUAUUAACAAUAGUAAAUAUAAUUCGCAUAAUAUAGGCCUAUAAUGAACGACGGUCAAGAGUCGUAAUUGCGAAGUUUAUUAACGCUCAUCGUUAUCGACGGAAGUUACGUAAUACACCCAUAAGUAUAAUGUGACAUACUUAGAUACACGAGAGACCAAUUAUUGGAUUUUGGUAAUAGCGAUAGUAAAUGAUCAAAGCGUAUAUUAAAUACGGAUAUUAUACUAAGGUAUCGAUAUUUCAUAUAUAAUCUUCCUUUGCCUUAUGAUCUCUUAAAUAUUGUUUAUGCACUGUAUCGGAAGAUUGUUUAAUGAAAGAAAUAUUUUUUUUUUUAUAGUAACAGUACGUUCUGCAUGCACAUGAUCAGUUUAUUAUGCGUGACGUAUUUGUAAUUUUUCAUAUUUUUCUUUAUUUAAUUUAUUUUAUAUACCUAAGUACACGUUCGUAUUAUCUUUUUUUGGUCGUCUUGGGUAUUUUAUAUAUAUAUAUUUCAUUAUACUGUACUAUAGUACAUACCAUGUGAUUAUCACUGAAGGGAAAUUUUGUGAAUAACAAGAUGAUAAAAAAUGGUUUAGCGGCAUGAAUGUUUAUCUUGUCGAUAAAUAAAUAUCGAUAACUGAUCAAUUAAAGAAAUAGGCGUGUUAGCUUUGUUAAUUGAUACUGAAUAUAUUGUUGUGUAAUUGUUCUUAAGUUAUGCGAAUUCUCGAUGGGUUAAUAAUAAUGCUAAAUUACGAUUAUAAGAUUAAGCACAGGAUUCUAGAUUUAUAAUUACGAUUAUUAUACAUAGUACAUCGUAUUAAGAUAAUUAUAUUAAUUAUCCUGGCAAACUAAUUAGGGGACAAUGCAGUUUCCUUUAUAUUUAUACGAAUAAAAGAUUCCACGUGGGAUUUCUCGUUAAUUAACAUCUACUUGUGACACGAUAAGCGUUUGAUUAAUUAUUGAUUAAUGCAACAUACAUAAGGCACACAGUGUCAAUAUGAAAUUGUUUAUAAGAGUUUCUAUUCUGAUUAAUUGAGAUAUCGAAUAUCUUUAUUUAUUCUUUGUACCGGGUGACAAGGAACAAAGACAGAAAAUCGAAGCUCAUAUAAGUGUGCGUUAUAAAAAUUGAGUUGUAUGAAUUGUAUGACAUUCAGCGAGUAAAGGAAAUAUUUGUCGAUGUUA